AAUAAUGAAAUUCUGAAAUAAUGUUAGGGUGGUGAACUUCCUUUUUAUGUUACAAAUGCUCAAAGUGAUGUCCAUCGGCGGCGAUACACUGUCUGAAACGAGAAAUCGGGGACUAUGACACUGUUUCUAUCUCUUCUGACGUGAUAGCCGCACAAGCUGUAAUAAUUCUUCGAUUCUUCGUGUCUUCCGGAGUAGUCGAUUACUGUUGAUAAAUGUCGACUACAACAAAAAAUCGCAAUAAAAUGCAAACCAGGGGGCAGAUGUUGAAUAUAAUGCACCGAUUGAUUGAAAUAAUUGGAAGGCAAAUAUUUUUGUUUAUUGCAUUCCUAAAAGGUCCUGCCAAUCAUCAACCAGCUAUAAAGGAUUUAACACUUUUACACAGUGCAACAACCUUAGCUUUUAAAAUUCGGAAUAAACAGUUAACAUCAGAAAAUGUAGUACAAUCAUACAUAGAUCGGAUAAGAGAUAUCCAACCAUUGUUAAAUUGUGUAGUAGAGGAACGCUUUGAAGAUGCUCUUAAAGAGGCAAGGAAGUGCGACGAAGUCUUAAAAUCUGAGACUGCUCCAUCCCCCCAAGUAUUAGCUGAAGAGAAACCUUUCUUUGGAGUGCCUUUCACAACAAAGGACUGUAUAGGAAUUGAAAACAUGAAACAAACAGCUGGUUUGACUGUUCGCAAAAACAUUGUGGCUCAGCAAGAUGCAGAAGUAAUAAGGUUGAUGAGGGCAGCAGGUGCGAUCCCUCUUGCUACAACUAAUGUUUCAGAAUUAGCAAUGUGGUGGGAAACUAGUAAUUGUUUAUAUGGUACCACAAAAAAUCCCUACAAUACUAGACAUAUUGUUGGAGGAUCAUCGGGAGGUGAGGGCUGCAUACAAGCGGCAGCUGGUUCACCAUUGGGAAUAGGAUCGGACAUCGGUGGUUCCAUUCGUAUGCCAAGUUUUUUCAACGGAAUUUUCGGGCACAAACCAUCUAAAGAUAUUGUUUCUAAUGAUGGUCAGUAUCCAAGUGCUCAGAGUGAAGACCAAGAUCGGUUGCUUGCAAUCGGUCCCAUGUGUAGAUAUGCACAAGACUUGAAGCCCACUUUAAACAUUCUUGCAAACAAGAAUGCACACAUAUUACGCUUGGAAGAGAAAGUAGACAUUUCGAAAAUCAAGUUCUAUUAUAUGGAAGAUGAUGGAGGUCAGUUCUUAACGUCUCCAGUGGAUCGGGAAAUAAAGCACGCUAUGAGGGACGUGGUACGUUACCUCGAAAUAGCGCAUAAGAUUAAGGCGACCAAACUCAGUAUCAAUAAACUGAAAAAGAGCAUCGCCCUUUGGAUGGCCAAUAUGAGUUGUAAAAACGAGAAAGACUUCACGUAUGAAUUGUCUAACAGAAAGGGCCACAUUAACCUUUGGUGGGAGUUCUUGAAGUGGGCAAUGUUCAUGAGCAAUCAUACAUUAAUAGCAUUAAUCACAGCUAUGUUUGAAAAGUACUCAGUGAAACAUGGAAGCGAGAAACACACUAAACUGAUCCAAGAAAGUAGGGAUCUCUAUCGAGAGUUUCAGGAUAUCCUCGGAGAAGACGGUGUGUUUUUGUAUCCAACGCAUCCAACCGCAGCGCCACUGCAUCAUGAACCACUGAUUAAACCAUUCAACUUUUCAUACACGGCAAUUAUUAAUGUAUUAGGCUUACCCGCAACUGCUUGCCCUUUGGGAUUAAAUUCGCAAGGGCUUCCCAUUGGUAUUCAGAUCGUUGGUGGUCUACAUCAAGACCGUUUAACUAUAACAGUUGCCGAAGUGUUGGAACGACGUUUUGGAGGAUGGGUUUCGCCCGCUAUCCUAGCUUGAGUUUCAUACUUGUUAGACAACAAUGCACGUGUAAAACUACUAGCCUGCCAUCACAAUUUUUGGGUAAAAAAUUUCUGCUCGAAUAUCAUGACGGAAAAUGAUAAGGUAAAGUACAAAUUCUCGCAUUCAAAAAGUAGAUAUAUACGUGCCGUAAUGUUUUUUUUUUUUGUUUAAUGUACUUGGGGGUGUAUAAUGACAUAAGAACAGUGCGGUAAAGAUGUAGAAUGGGCAUAUUUUCUGCAUUGAUACCCAUGUUCAAGUAUUGUGCACAACAGUUCUUUGGGGUCAGUGUGUAUAUUUAAAUGUAAUUAUUAAUAUAAAAAAUAUUGUCCUCCAUUUAUUUUCACAUUCUGACUGUAGCAAAUAUUUUCGUAUCUCACUACUGUGUAAUAAUGAGUAUGAGAAUCAUAAAAAUUACUGUCCGUUUUGUAACCGACCAUGAAUUGCAUUUCGUCAACUACGGUACCAAAAUCGAGUCAAAUUAUAAUUCGAAAUAUGUCUUCGAAUAAAAGAACUUAUAUAUAA